UUUAUGCGCUGCAAAAAAAAAAAAAAAAAGGCGAGAGCGUAAUGGCGGCGAGCAGGCUGUGAUGAGCUAGCGAAAAUAGCCUGGACUCACUAUCACACCCUGGGAAAGAUAACAGUCUCUCCUCACACACGCGCGGUAACUGCUCAAAAUGCAAAUCACACUGAAAACCCUGCAGCAGCAGACGUUUAAAAUCGACAUCGACGCGGAGGAGACGGUAAAGGCGUUGAAGGAGAAAAUUGAGAAUGAAAAGGGGAAGGAGAGUUUUCCUGUCGCCGGACAGAAGUUGAUCUAUGCAGGUAAAAUCCUAAACGAUGACACAGCACUGAAGGAGUAUAAGAUAGAUGAGAAGAACUUUGUGGUUGUCAUGGUAGCAAAGCCUAAAGCUGCCCCUGCAGCCGCUCCAUCUUCAACUACAGCAGCAACUUCGAGUAGUCCCACUUCUAGCACUACAACUCCCACAAUCCCCCCUGCUGCUGCUGCUGCAGCCACUACCACCACGACCACCACCACCACCACAAUCACUGACACCACAUCCGAAAGCAGCAAAGAGGAGAAAGCAGCCGAGGAAAAACCACCAUCUUCUACACCUGCCAGUUCUGGUAUCCUGACAAAUGUCAACAUAUUUGAAGAGGCGACUUCUGCUCUGGUGACGGGACAGUCGUAUGAGAAUAUGGUGACUGAGAUCAUGUUAAUGGGCUAUGAGAGGGAGCAGGUGGUGGCAGCGCUGCGUGCCAGUUUCAACAACCCAGACCGAGCUGUUGAGUACCUGCUCACGGGAAUUCCAGCAGAGAGUGAGGGGAACGUUGGGGGCUCUGAUCCUGUAGCUCCAGUAGGGGGCGCCCCGGUUGCUCCCACAGGACUCUCAUCUCCAUCCAGCACAACACCUACACAACCCAGUGCUGGAUCAGCAGCCAAUCCUCUGGAUUUUCUGAGGAAUCAGCCUCAGUUCCUGCAAAUGAGGCAGAUCAUCCAACAGAACCCCUCUCUGCUGCCUGCCCUACUGCAACAGAUUGGCCGAGAGAACCCCCAGUUACUGCAGCAAAUCAGCAGCCACCAGGAGCAGUUUAUUCAAAUGCUGAACGAACCAGCACAGGAAGCAGGGCAAGGAGGGGGUGGGAGUGUGUCUGAGGCUGGUGGUGGGCACAUGAACUACAUCCAGGUCACACCCCAGGAAAAGGAAGCAAUUGAGAGGCUAAAGGCGCUUGGAUUCCCAGAAGGACUUGUUAUUCAGGCCUACUUCGCUUGUGAGAAGAAUGAGAACCUGGCUGCCAAUUUCCUUUUACAACAGAACUUCGAUGAUGACUAAAAUCUUUUUUUUUUUGGUCGUUUUUGUUCCUCUCCCAGUUUACCCACGUUUAGUUUUUUUCCCCCCCAAGUUAAUCAAACUGCAAAAAAACAGAUAAAAUGAAAUUCAUACAUAAAACCCCUCCACAGGCAGUCUUGGUCUAUUUUUCUUUACACACUGGAUAACUCGUCUGUUUUAUCUGCUUCUGCUUUGUGAAGGCGAGCAAUUGGGAAUUGUUCAUUUGCUCAAUUGAGAAAUUAAGUAAAAAGCAUAAUCAAUGACCUCCUCUGACGAUCUGGAUUAUUUUAUAUUUGGCCUGUAUUCAUGAUUUUAUUUUUGCUCAAUCGAGGUUUAAAGGGUGUAUCCCAAUUUGUUCUCCAUUGUCGGCAUUUGAGGCUGAAAUGCGCAUUCAUUUAUGUUCAUUGUUUUUAAUUAUUUUUAUUUUCUUCCAUCUUUUGCUCGUGUUCAUGCCUUCUUUCACAGUUGAACGGUAUAGGGACCCGAAACACAAUUUUAAACAUUAAAAAGAUUUUUAAAGCAA